AUGGCAAGAACUAAGCAAACAGCCAGAAAGUCUACAGGUGGUAAAGCCCCAAGAAAGCAACUUGCGUCCAAGGCCGCUAGAAAGUCUGCUCCAUCUACCGGUGGUGUGAAGAAGCCUCACAGAUAUAAGCCAGGUACCGUCGCUUUGAGAGAAAUCAGAAGAUUCCAAAAGUCUACUGAAUUGCUUAUCAGAAAGUUGCCUUUCCAAAGAUUGGUUAGAGAAAUUGCUCAAGAUUUCAAGACCGAUUUGAGAUUUCAAUCUUCCGCUAUCGGUGCUUUGCAAGAAUCCGUCGAAGCGUACUUAGUGUCCCUUUUCGAAGACACCAACUUGGCUGCCAUCCACGCUAAGCGUGUGACCAUCCAAAAGAAGGAUAUCAAGUUGGCUAGAAGAUUGAGAGGCGAGAGAUCGUGA